AUGAAUGCAGAAGAUAACUUCUCCAAUGUUCAACGUCUUAACAGUGCUGUUAUGGCGAAAUAUGAAUGGGCAUCAUCUCGAAUGGGUAUGCAGAAAACUGGUGUCGAAGUACAUGAUCGUCGUAGUAAAACAUAUCGAAAGGCGAAUGAAUUUCUGCAAGGACUUCUUCAGAAGAGAAGUGAUGGCAGCUCACUCGAUGAUAAUGGUACCAUAGAUCGAUAUCGUAAAUUCCUUAGAUAUAAAACAAAUUUCAAUCAUGAUGAUAAUACAUUAGACGAAUUCGAUCGACGUUUGCGUUCAUUAAAUCAAAAUAAUCGACGAAAUCAAAUCUCAACAUUAAAGAAAUCUAAUAAUAUGACUGAAUCUAUUACAACCGAUUCACAAACAACAACAACAACAAAUGAAAUUGAAAAUAAUACCAACGAAUUAGUUCAAUAUUUAAAUCAUGAAAAACAAUUGAAAUCUUUCACAAACACUUCAUCAACGAGUACAACAGAUCGGAGUGUAUCAUCGACUAUAUUUUUUGACGAUAGUGAAAUAAAUAUUAGUUUAACUACUGAAGAACAUCAAUCAUCAUCCGGACACUCAUCGAUAUCGUCAUCAAAUCAUUCCAUAAGAAAAACAUUAUACAAACCAAUCGCUCGACGCGCUAAUGGCAGUGAAAUAACAGCUGAUUCAACUAAAAGUUCAUUACAAUCGACUUCGACAAAUGGUUUAAUUUUUCAACGUUGCCAUUUUCCACGUUCGCUUUUAUCUCGCGAACAAGCCAACGCAAAUAUAACAAUUAAAAGACAAUUACCAUCACCUCCCAUUCAACAAUUCGACAUAAGUCAAUUGUUUUAUUUACUUGAUCGAUUAGACAAUGAAAGUUCUCCUAGCGAUUUUACAGUUGCACUUGACCAAUUAACUUUAUCCACUGUUCAUAUGAAUAGAACCGACGAUAAUAUAUCAUUGGUUAGUGACAAUGAAUAUGAAGAUCAAGAAACCAAUUUUAUUAUUCCAAAUCUAUUCGAUCAAUCAACGCCGUUACCUGACUAUUAUAAAAUAUCGACUUAUCAUGUCGAUGAUCCUAAAAACCUUUCUCUCUAUACAAUGACAAUAGGUACAGUGCAAUUAAGUUCAUCUCAUUUAAUUCCAUAUUCAAUUCUUAACGGUCGACGACCCUUAUUAAAAUCUUCUGUGGGAACAGACUUUAGAAAAGUUCGUUCCAAACGACACAAACAUACUUGUCAAGUUACAGCUAUUGAAUCAUUGAUAGAUACUGAAUAUCUCAAAGAAAAUGACAUUAUACUAAAAAUAAAUUAUCAAGGUGUAUACCAUUUGUCUACUGAUGCUAUUCGAGAUAUUUUACAACAAUCAACCGAAAAUUCAAACGAUUGUCUAUUGACAAUAGCUCGGCUUUGUCAACCGUGUCUUUAA